AUGGCAACGACAUUAACGGGUGGAAACCCACAUAUCAUCCAACUCCCCAAGACGCCCUCCGACAUACCCUCCGACCCGCAAAGCAUCGCCCAACAAUGGCUCACGUCUCUCGAAGUCGAGCUCUCCCGCCCAGAGAACUUGAACAUCAAUCAAUUAUUCCACGUCGAUUCCUGGUGGCGCGACAUGCUGGCGCUGGACUGGGACAUGCGCACCGUACACACCGCCACUGAGAUCCAGAGUUUCCUGCGCAAGCUACAGACCAACGCACAACUUUCCAACUUCCAACUUCAGGACUCGGGCAAGUUUCAGCCACGCCUGGAGAAUGUCGUCGACGGGUUGAGCUGA